UCUCUUCCUCGGCAUUCGUUCACACGUCCUCUUCGCUCUUCUCGAGACGCGAGAAAUUCGUUCUUCGGCGCGAGUCUCCGCAAACUCCAGCUCUGGCCCGUCCGUGCGACGCCGCGCUGUCUUGCGUUUUGUCUUCCGGAGGGUGGCGAGCUUCGCCUCUCCACGCAGGAAAGGCUGCGAAAGAAUCUGGCGAAAGAUCUUGGAGAGAACGAAGCGCCGGCCAAGAAGGUGUGGAUGGGAAAAAACGCGGGAGCCUCGUCAUACGGUCAUGUCAAUCUGACAACGUCGGACGAGAGAAAAGGCGUCGCUUUUGGGAGGGCAAAGAGGCCGCUCAAGAACGACGCGGAGAGUUUUGCCGGACGGCCAAGCGUUCCUCUUUUUUCGACUUCUUCUUCUACCUCCGAAGAGCUCCUCCUCGAGUGACUUUCCGUCCCUGAGUUCCUCGCCUGUCCCCCUUUUUUUUCUCUCUCUCUCUCCUCGGCUGCUCCCAGCCUCUCAGGCCUUCACACUGAGGAAGGAGACACUGGGAGACUCCUCCUCCUUCUCCCAUGGCAGGUUCUUCUUGCGCCGACGGCGGCUCUGGCCGCUCGGCUUCUUGCGCCCCUCGGGAGGACGGCGAGAGGUCUCGCGCUUCUCGCCUCUCCAAGAGGAAACUCGACUCGUCCUCCUCUCCCUCGCCUCCCUCUUCUUCUCCAUUUUCCCCCUCUCCGCCGUCUUCCUCCUCGCCUGCGUCUCCUUGCCCUUGUUCCCUCCUUGGUUCUCCCUCCUCUUCUCCCCGUUGCUCUCCCUCCUCUUCUCCCCUUUGUUCUCCCUCGUAUUCUCGCGCCUCGCAGGGUUUGCUGCAGCGCGGCGAGGCGGCCGCGCUGGCGAGGCUGCUGGUUCUGGUUCUCGCACUCGGCGGCGCCUUCUGUCUGGCACGACAUGUUUCUUUUCUCCAGCUGUUCAAAGACUUCCUCACGGACCCCAGUCGUCCCCGCGGCGAGGGAGAAGGCGGCCGCGCAGCGCUCGCGCAUGCAGACCCCGGAAGCGCGCAGGUCGCUCGUGCUGGCCUCUUCGUCCUUCUCUACGCGGUCGGCGGCGUUUUGUUCGUCCCCGCGCCGAUCAUGUCUGUCGCAGCAGGCGCUCUCUUCCCUGACAACUUCCUUCUUCCAGUCUGCCUCAUUCUCGUCGGAAGUCUCUCUGGGGCGUGCCUCUCUUUCCUUUUUGCGCGUUUCCUGCUCCGGAGUCUCGUCGUACGCUUCGUCGUCGCAAAGCGUCCGAUUCUGCGUGCUGUGGACUUCGCCAUUCGGAAGGAAGGAAUCAAAGUUCUUUUGUGUGCGCGAAUGGUUCUUCCGUACACUUUGAAUAAUUACUUCCUUGGCGUGACGGGUGUCUCCCUCUGGGAAUUCGCUCUUGCGACCUUCCUCACGGGGGUUCCCUUUGCGGUCGCCUAUGCGGCAAUCGGAGCCGAGCUUCGCGACCUGGACUCGAUUUUCUUGGGCGCGUCUGUCUCCCCGUCUUCGCCGGAUUCACCUGCUCUGUCGGUCUCGUCUUUCCUCGCGUCGAAACUCUCCGGUGGCGGACUGAAGUCGGUGAUGGUCGUCGCUGCAUGCGCGCUGCUCUUCGCGGGUGUACACACAGUCAAGAACAUCGCGCGUGAGGUUCUGUCACAAGCGGCGGAAGACCUCGACGCCCGCGAGUCAGAGAAGCUGUUGAACCGAGAGGACGAAGAGAAACUGAAGCGCGGCGAGUAGCAUUGGAGGCGACUGGAGGAGAGGAAACCAGAGAACGUCGAGAGGAAGGGAACCCACAAGACAACGAGGAGACGGAGACAGGGCAGAGACAGCCCCGGGAGACAACAAAAAAGAGCGGCUGAGUCCGACGCGCUGCCCUUGAAGGGACUCACGAAAAGCAAGCAAGAAGCACAGAGCCGCAUCUUUCCUUCGGCAGAGAGAAGGCUGUGCCAGCGGCGAGAGGCUGAAGAUUGAAGCAGCACAGAAACUGCAUGCAAAGGGUGAACCCAGCGAGGCCGAAGGCGAAGAAAAACUUCACACAUCUCUGCAGAACGGAGGGCCGAGAGGCGGCAAGCAGUCGCAACGACUCUCGAGGGAGGGAAGCUGGGCCGAGACCUGGCUGCGCAGAGCGAACCGAGAAGCCUCCUUUGAAAUUUGUGUCGAUGAGCUGUGAAAGCGAAAGAGGCUUGAGGAAGCUGGUAGAGGAAGAGAAGGACAAAGAAGGCGAGACGUCGUCGCUCAGGGAAGCAAACGAAGUAGCAUGAGUCCUCGACUGCUGCUCGCACUGCAGCGUUUCUUUCCACUCUUUCGCUUUCAUGUGGUCUACGUGAGGCUUCUGCGCCAUGCCCUUCUUGGGUGUACGUCCUCCCCUCCCCCUUCCCCCGGGUGGCGGGAGGCUUUUUGGUGCGUCCCGACGACCCUCGUGGGCGGACCGACUUUUGUUUUUUUUUCAAUCGCUGCGACGCGCGCUUCUGUCCGGCGCCUCUGGUCCGGAAUGUCUUGC